AUGGACCGCAGCUUGGACGAGAUCAUCGCGGAGCGUCCUCAACAGAAUCAGAAUCGGGGUCGCCGUCCUCAGGGUCAAGGCCGUCGCCGUGAUGGCGUCAAAAAGGUAAACUCCCUCCCAUCCGACGCUGUCUUCAAUGAUCGCGACGCUGGAAAUCCGGACUGGGUCCAUGAUAAGUACGAAGAUGACAGAGAUGCACGCCCUUCUCGUGCCCCCCGACGCCCGCGCGGUGAUCGCUACUCCCCCCAGCCGGAACAUGCCCAUACCGGAUCGAAACUUCGCAUCGAGAACCUUCACUACGAUAUCACCGAGAGCGAUCUGGAGGAUCUAUUCUCCCGCAUCGGACCCGUCACCAAUCUCACCAUCGUCUACGACCGAGCAGGCCGCUCCGAAGGCGUUGCCUAUGUCACCUACAGCCGCAACAGCGACGCGCGAACCGCGAUCAACGAAUUCGACGGCGCAAACGCCAAAGGUCAACCCAUCCGAUUGUCCCUCGUUGCUGGCGGCGGCGGCGGUAGUAGCCGACGAGACCGAAAUCCCUUCGACAACAUCCAACGACCUAAGGGUAGCCUCUUCGACCGCGUCGAACGCCCCCGCGGCGGCCGCGACGCUCGCAGUCUAAGCCCCGGAAGCGCAAGCGAUGAUCCCGAUGGCGCUCGCCGUCGUAGAGGCGGUGGUCGACGCGGUGGCGCGGGCCGCUACCGACGCAGCGACGUCUCGAAGCCGGCUCCCGAGCACAUCGACCGAUACGUACCGGGCCAGCGGUCGCCCACUCGUCGACCUGCCAACGGUGGAGGACGACGACAAGGUGGUGGUGGAGGUGGAGGUGGUGAGAACCGUCGAACUGCCAACGGCCGACCCCGAAAGACGCAAGAAGAGCUAGACCAGGAAAUGGACGAUUACUGGGGCGGAGCGACCGGCGGUUCCGGCGCGGCCGAGAAACAAGCCGGCGCUGAAGAACAUCACGCUCCUGCGGCUGCAGCACCUGUCGCAGCACCCGCUGCUGGCGGCGACGACGACGUGGAUAUGAUUGAGUGA